AUGCGAUUCGAUAUACAGACGCCCUUGGGGCUGGGCUCCCUCUGCGCCUCGGUCCUGUCCUUCUUCUGCGGCGAAGAGGGCCAGCAACAGGGCCGCAUCUCCCACUACCCCGUGCUACCGCCAUCGUACCCGCUGGCGGUGCGCAACCCUUACUUGUCAACAUGGAUGCCCAGUGAUCGCGUGCAGCAAUUGCCGUAUGCCGAGUCCCAGUUCUGGGCAGGCCAGGAGUUGGGGUGGUCCGUCAUGGUCAGGGUGGACGGCCAGGCCUAUAGCCUGAUGGGCGUGCCAGAUCUCGAGGGUAGCGGUGCUCUCCCUGCCACAGUCCGCCACGCCGAGUUCACCGCGACUCAUUCUGUCUUCGAUCUCACGGCCGGUUCCGUGAAACUGACGCUCGACUUCUUCUCGCCCGUGUCACCUUCGAAUUACCUGCGCCAAUCGCUUCCUUUCAGUUACCUGACCGUGCGAGUAUCUGGGUCGAAUGGAAGAGAUAUACAGGUCUACUCGGAUAUCGAUGGGAGAUGGACUGGCCGGGAAGAUCGGUCGGUCCUCGAUUAUGAAGAACAUGACGAUGGACUUGUCAUUCAUUCGCUCUCGGUAGAAGAUUCAGCGAAGUAUGCCGAGGCCAGCGAUAUGGCUCUUUGGGGUAAAGCCAUUCUAGCCUCCCGUCCAUCCGAGUCCAGCACACUCUCUGCUUCAGCCGGCGACCCCAAGACAGUGCGUGAGCAAUUCGCAAAGAAAGGUGACCUCUCCGGACAGGAGUUUACGUGGUCCUAUGGUAGCAUUGCCGCCUUGUCCCAUGAUCUUGGCAUAGUCCAUGGCGAAGCCUCGAUCAACUUUGUUGUGGGUUACGAGAGAGAAGCCGCUAUCAACUACUUGGGAGAGGAGUAUACAGGUUAUUACCGGGCGGAAUACCCAACCACCCACAAAGCUCUCGCACAUUUCCUAGAUGAUUACAACAAUGCUGUGCUCGAGUCUUGGCAGUUGGACCAGGAGCUGAAGACAUUCUCUACUGCCGCCGCAGGUUCCAAGUAUGCCGAUAUCAUCGCAUUGUCAACCCGCCAAGCUUACGGUGGUAUCGAUCUGACGAUUCCGAAUCAUUCGCUUGACACUGAAGAUGUCUUGGCCUUCAUCAAAGAGCUGUCCAGUGAUGGCAACAUUAACACGAUUGAUGUGAUCAUGCCAGCAUUCCCCAUCUACUGGGUUCUGGACCCCGAGUGGAUCCGCCUUAUGUUGGAGCCUGUGAUGCGGUACCUGGAUGCUGGCCGCUGGCAUUUGCCGUACACGAUUCAUGACCUUGGCUCUCACUAUCCACAUGCCAUUGGCCAUGAUGACCAAAAGGCCGAGCCGAUGCCAAUUGAAGAAUCCGGAAACCUGCUUGUCCUGGCUCUCGCCUACGCCCGCGCCACCGGCGAUAUUGACUGGACCGGCCGCUACAUGGACAUCUUCCAGAAAUAUGCCGACUACUUGGUGGACAACAGCAUCGAUAUUGCCAAUCAGCUGUCUUCCAAUGAUGCUGCCGGGCCCUUGCCCAACGAGACCAACCUAGCCAUUAAAGCCGCCGUGGGUAUCAAGGCAUUCGGCGUGCUGAGCGGGAAGGAAAACUACUCCCGCAUCGGCGAGGAACAUGCAACGCUCUUCUACGAGGACGGUCUAGGCAUAGACGAAGAGAAGACCCACUUUGUCCUACAAUAUCCCGGUUAUCCGGAUUCAUGGAAGACCCCUUACAACCUCUUCCCGGAUGUGCUGUUGGGACUAGAGACAUUCUCGAAGGAUGCGCACCGAAUGAACAGCGAGUUUUACUCGACCGUCCGCGGCGAGUAUGGCGUUCCUUUGGACAACAGACAAGAUUGGGCCAAGUCGGAUUGGAACAUGUGGCUAGCUGCGACAUUCGAGAAGAACACUCGUGACGAAUUUGUAGAUGAUCUGUGGGCGUUCAUGACCAACGGAAAGCACAACUGGCCUUUUUCUGAUCGCUAUGUAUCUACCUCGGCGCAUGGAAAUGCACCCGGUACUCCCAUCCUGUGUCGUGCACGCCCGACAGUUGGUGGGCAUUUUGCGCUCCUAGCUAUGAAGGGACCUGGAUCCAUUCAGACUUUGUCUGUGAACAAGCCUGUCGGUAUGAGAGGCCGAAAUGGAGGCAAACCACCUCUGAAGUCUCAUGGCCUUGAGCUUUGA